GGGUCAAAAGAAAAAAAAAACUCUCUAAUUCUUAUUCUCCUCUUCUUCUCUGCUCUCCGACCGGCGGCGGGGGACCGGCAAAAUGGCUCUGAUGGCGUCCAUCCGCACCACACCCAUCUCUUCCCUCCCCCUUAAAUCCCAAACAAACCCGGGGCUUCGCCGCCUCCCUGUUGCCUGUCUCUCUUCCUCCUCCUCCUCCUCCUCCUCUGGUGAAACCACUGCCAAGGCUUCUCAUUCUCCUUCCUCCCCCCCCUGUGCCCACCCCCUUCAUGGACUCAAGCGCGCAGAAGCCCGACGCCGGGUUCAAGUACGAGCUUGCCGCGAAGCACAGCAGGAAUGCCGUCGUCCGCCUCGUGUCCUCCACCGAGUCCGCUGUCGAAAAGGUGAUUUUUGAUUUUCGCUUUUUGGCUCUUCUAGCUGUUGGAGGUUCACUUGCUGGUUCUUUAUUAUGCUUUCUGAAUGGUUGUGUUUACAUAGUUGAUGCUUAUAAGGUUUACUGGACAAGCUGCAUCAAGGGAGUUCAUACUGGGCAGAUGGUACUACGAUUAGUUGAGGCAAUUGAUGUCUAUCUUGCUGGUACUGUAAUGUUAAUAUUUGGUAUGGGUUUAUAUGGAUUAUUUAUCAGCAAUGUGCCUCCUGGAUUACCUUCUGAUAUAGACCGUGCUCUCAAGGGAUCUUCUUUGUUUGGAAUGUUCUCUUUGAAGGAGAGGCCAAAAUGGAUGAAAAUAAGUUCUCUUGAUGAAUUGAAAACAAAGGUAGGACAUGUUAUUGUCAUGAUCCUUCUGGUAAAGAUGUUCGAAAGAAGCAAAAUGGUUACAAUAGCUACAGGAAUGGAUCUUCUUAGUUACUCGGUUUGCAUCUUCUUGUCAUCUGCAUCCUUGUACAUUCUUCACAAUCUUCACAAGUCAGCCUGAAGAAUAUGUGAAAUGCUGGCUACAUGAUUCUAUAGAAAUUAUCUCAUCUGAUGUAAUCUAGACAUUUAAUAAUCUUUGCACAAGCCGUGUAUAUUUCUAGAGAAGAGUAAAAUCUGUCCCUUGUCAAUGAAAAUGAAAUAUAUCAACUUUCAGAACUCCAUUCAACAAAUGACGAUAUUCUAUCCUUUGAUAGGCUAAUUAAUAUUUUUGGUGGCAAGUUGAUAUGAA